AUGUUCUCUCCCCUCAACGAGGCCCGGCGGGCCUUCCAGAGGUACGACCUGGACGGGAGCGGGACGAUCGACAAGUACGAGCUGGGGCUGUGCCUGAUGCUCAACGGGAUCUGGGUGCCCCCCUGGCGACUGUCGGAGUACCUUGCGAGGUACGACACGGACGGGAGCGGGAAGAUCAGCUUCGAGGAGUUUUGCGACAUGUGCGGGGUAAAGCGUUGA